AUGCUGUUCUCUUUCCCCACACGACUGAACGUGAACUCCCGCAUUCUCUCAAAUUUUUCCUUCGCCCCCAACCGUAAUAACCUCAAUGCCCCAUUAAAAUGCCUUGGGCUAGGCCUGAGGUACAUGUCUAUAGCGCCAGAGGUGAAAGGCGAAGCAUUCCUGGAAGCCGUCUCUGAGUAUCCCGGUAUUACAUGUCUCGCGCUCAAUCGACCAAAAAGCAAGAAUGCCAUCUCAGUGAACUUACUAAAGGAAUUGGGGGAAUGUCUUGACAGUGUUCAAUUUGACAACACUACUCGCGUUCUCAUUGUGAAGUCCACCAGUCCAGAUGCCUUCUGUGCAGGAGCAGAUUUAAUUGAGAGACGUUCGAUGUCCCAAACCCAAGUCAACAGAUUUCUGUCUGAUUUGCGAGCCGCACUCGGAAAGUUAGAGAACCUCCCCAUGCCCACAAUUGCUGCUAUUGACGGACCCGCACUCGGAGGUGGUCUUGAGCUCGGUUUGGCUUGUGAUCUGCGCGUCGCAGCACGUAGCGUCACGAAGAUCGGACUUCCUGAAACAUCUCUCGGUAUCAUUCCCGGUGCUGGUGGGACUCAGCGUGCUGCUAGGGUGCUUGGCAUUUCCAAAGCGAAGGAUCUCAUCUUUACUGCAAGGAUGCUACCAAGUUCGGAAGCACUGGAAUGGGGUUUGAUCGACUACGUCUCCGAGACCACUGCCUAUGAACGUUCGAUUGAACUUGCGGAGAAGGUUGCACGGAAUGCACCUUUGGCUCUUCGUGCCGCCAAACGAGCCAUUUCACGUUCCGAGGAUCUUCCUUUAGAGGCCGGCUUGGAUUUCGAGCGGAUAUCAUACGAAACCUUACUUCCGACCAAGGAUCGUAUUGAAGCACUCAAUGCAUUCAAAGAGAAACGUCGGCCUCAAUUCAAAGGAGAAUAA